UGAGUGAGGAUCUUGGAAACAAAUGAUUACAUAUCAAACAAAAUCAUAACAUGCUUUCUAGAGACUCAACUUAACUAACAAGUUAACCUCCUGUCUAAAGAAAUUUCUCAUCCAACAGCUUCUGCAGUUUUUCAGCCCAGCUUGGCUGAGAUCCUGUUUUCAUGAAUGUAAAUGCGCUGUCCGUUUACUUCCUAGAUGCAGGGUCACUGGGUGUCUUCUUUGCCUUCUGCUUACAUCCCAAUUUGAUUGCCUGUGCUCUGAGAUAGGUAAAACAAGCCACAGCUUGUUAGCCUGUGUGCUGUAUCCCUGGUGACGUCACAUCUCUUUGUUGACUUCCUGAGUAUCCUUUGUGUUAGUUUACAGUGUUUAAUUUACAUCCCAACAGAGAGACUGGUGAAUAAACAUCUCUUGUCUGACUGAAAAUCUGAUUCUUCACCUCUGUUGGUGACUUGUGCCUUAAUAAAGACUCUAUGAAAAUAUUUGCAGCCGACGUACAUAACCCCUUAUGUAGCAUCUAUACACACAUUUCACAGUGAUAUUAAUGACUAGGGCAACCCUGGCUUUCAUUUAAGCCCUUCCAUGACACUGUGGUGAACCAGGAUGUAUGCACCGGAAUCGGGACAUUCCUGUAACCCCCUUGCCAAUUGGCAUUGAGGGGGUCUUGGGUCACAGCAUAGGGAUGUGCUGUGCUGUUCUCCUGUUGGCCCUACAGCUCAGCCACAGCAGAGUGGGGGGGAAGACGUGGUUGCUUACAACUCAAACAGCUGCGGAAAUGUCUCUUUCAGCAAACAUCAUGACCUUCGUGAUCUUCUGGCGAAGGGACUGCUUGAUCUCCGCCUCCAGCCGCUACCACCUGAUGGCGAUGUCCCUGGCCGACACUGUGGUUCUCGUUCUCAUAGUUCUCGUUGAGAUGAUCCUGAAAUGCUACAGCACGGAGCCGUUCUGGUACCGGGACCCCUGGUGCACCCUCCGGGAUGUCUUCAAUUAUGGUGCGGUCAAUGCCUCCGUCUGGCUGGUGGUCUCCUUCACCGUCGAGCGCUUCAUAGCCAUCAACACCUUCAAGCUGAAGGCAAAGCUGUGCUCCCCGAGACGCACGCUCUACACGAUCGCCUUAGUUCACAUCUGCGGCUACCUAGUGGCUAUCCCGUAUUAUUGGUCCAACAGAUCAGAAAGGGUGAAUGGGACGGGGCGGGCGAUCUGCAAGUUUAAUCCUGACCUUCCCAACUCCUACGUUGAGGGGCUGGUUUGGUUUCAGACCUCACUGGUCAACAUUGUCCCUUAUAUCAUCAUCUUCACCUUGAACAGCCUGACCCUCAGGCAGAUCGUCCUCAGCAACAAAGUGCACUGUGUGAUGGCCCGAGGGCUCCACCGAAUGAACUCUGGGACCCAAUUCAGGUACCAGAAGAAGAAAUCUAUCCUCCUCCUUGUGACUGUCUCGAUGAUGUUCGCUUAUCUGGGCGCCACCAGGUUCGUCACGCAGAUUAUUCUCAGGACCUGCCAUUACGACAUAGAGAGACAAGAUUACUCCAAGGUCAUUAACAUUGCGGUGGACUUUGGUACUAUGCUGGAACUGACCAACUCAGCUGUGAACAUGUAUCUCUAUGCCUGCACCCAGACUGCCUUCCGCAGGGAGCUAGUCCAUUGCCUCAAGGCUCUUCUCUUUCCCUGGAAAGCACAGAGAACGCACCCAUCAGCCAUCUUCCAGAUAUAAUGCAUGUGUGCGCAUACACGGAGCUGUCCCGCUGCAUGUCUUCCCAGAGGCAGGUAUACCUCCCUGUGUUUAAUGAGAGGACUUGCC